CAUCUCCCAGCUCUGCUCACUCUCCUGGUCUUUGUACCUUUCUCGUCGGUAUACGGUUGUGGUAGAAGCCAUGUCGAGUCCUUCUUCUUAGGUUACUAUCCGAUUACUAUCCUGGUCGACAUCUCCAUACUUCAGUCGUGUCUUCUUUGACGUUACUCAUUGCUCCUAUCACCCAGCAACACAAGGAUAGUGUAGGAACGACCUUUCAUCAACCUGAGUAUUACUGUAUCUCAUCUAUACGACUUGACCUUUAUCUGCAUCUCGCCACUCCGUCUUAGCGUCUCGAACCCCAGCUCCGAUUCUGUUCUUAUUCGCCUCGAUAUUCGAAAUGGCCGCAGAAAAGUCGACAGAGAAGGUGGGAGCAGUUGAAGCUGCGGACGAUCAGUCUUCGAUUGAAGUGGUCAAUACAUCGGGUCACCGCCAGGAAGUCGAACGGAAUUUCAGCUUGUUGAGCAUUUGCGCCGUCGCAGUUACGACAGGAAAUACGUGGAUUGCCCAGGGUGGCAGUGUGACAACUGCGUUGAGUAAUGGAGGACCGUCAGGUGUGAUCUACGAAUUCAUUGCGGUUUCUGUUUGCUACUGGCUGGUUGCGGCAUCGAUUGCUGAAUUGGCAUCUGGAAUGCCAUCUUCCAGUGGAGUCUAUCACUGGGCUUCGAUCACUGCGGGAAAAUACGGUCGUGUUUGCGGUUUCUUUGCCGGUUUUUGGAACUGCCUUGCCUGGAUUUUGGGUGCUGCUUCCAUGUCCGCAAUCCUAGGACAGCAGACCGUCUCGAUGUAUGCCCUCAUGCAUCCUGGGUUUGUCCCUCACGCAUGGCAUAUCUUCGUGAGCUUUAUCAUCUGCACCUGGCUUUGCUGCUGCAUCGUCCUGUUUAUGAAUCGGUUCCUUCCGCAUAUUGGUAACCUUGGACUGCUCUUUAUCCUAGCGGGUGUGUUCAUCACCAUCGUUGUAUGUGCGGUCAUGCCCCAUGUCAACGGUUCUUCCUAUGCCACGGACAAGUCUGUAUGGAGCACCUGGGAAAACGACACUGGUUAUUCCAGCCAGGGGUUUGUCUUUGUUGCAGGCAUGCUCAAUGGAGCUUAUAGUGUGGGCACACCCGAUUGCUCAUCGCACCUUGCGGAGGAGAUCCCUAGCCCGAGCCGAAACAUUCCCAAGGCUGUUCUGGCCCAAAUGGCCGUCGGUUUUAUCACUGGUAUCCUCUACAUGAUUGCUCUGUUCUAUUCCAUCACCGAUCUCGACGCAGUCAUCAAUAGCGUCUACGGGUUCCCUCUCGCCGAGAUCUAUCGCCAAGCGACAGGAUCUAAGGGUGGAGCCCUUGGAUUGCUGAUUGUCGCCUUUAUCCCUACGGUCAUUACUUGUGCCGGUUGUUAUAUCACUGCUGGUCGCACCUUGUGGACCAUCUCCCGUGAUGGAGCGACUCCCUUCUCUGGAUGGCUCGGACACAUAAACACGCGGAUGCAGAACCCUUUCAAUGCCACAAUGGUAUGCGGAGUGUUUGUCACUAUUCUUGCUUGCAUCUACGUUGGGUCCACCACUGCCUUCAACGCUUUCGUGGGUUGCUUCGUGCAGCUAUCCAGUCUUUCUUACUUCGCCGCCAUCUUCCCCCACAUGCUCACUCGUCGGUCCUCGUUUGCACCUGGCCGUUUCUGGCUGGGACGUAUCGGCUAUGUCAUCAACCUUCUUAGCUGUAUCUACAUUCUCGCUUUCGUCGUGAUCUUUUGUUUCCCUUACGCUCUGCCCACCGAUGCCGCGUCGAUGAACUACGCCAGUUUGUUGACCGGAGGCUUGACGAUUUUCGUGGCUGCCUGGUGGCUCUUCCGGAUGAAGAGCUAUGAAGGACCCAAAUCCAUUCCUAUGACUGACAAGGUGCUCGUGGCUGAUGCGAACUGAGUGUCAAUGGUAUGGAGUAUGAACGCUUGAAGGGAAAGCUUUGGUAUAUGAAUCAACGAACACCAAGCUGACGGAUGAUAUUCUUCUAAUGUUUGUGCCUUGGCGCAUCUGAUGCAAAUGUUUACUGAUGUAAUCUUAUGAUCUGUAUAUAACCCUGAUAUUGGAUUGGAAUUUUUGAGUAGCUCUUGGACAUACCUUUAUUUAUUAGUGUGCUAGCUGCCCAGGCACUUCGCCCGG